AUGACUUCUCAUAGUCUUCCGGCUGAGCACAUCUACUGUGUACAAGCGGGCAAGAAACACCAUGACCUCUUCACCACCAUAUAUUCUGGCGAGAAUUAUUGCGGACAAUGCGGAUUAGCGAACCCCUUUUCCUCUCAGAGUCAAGCCAGAUCUAGAACUCCUGCACGUCCUAGUCCCCAUAAUGAGGUGGUUAAGCUCGAAGACUCCCCGCCACGGCCAGUCAGUCCUGCAAGUCAGCUUCUGCGCGACAGGACAAAGUCGUCGUCAUCUGCCAAUGUUGGGCACGCCCAACUACUUCCGAACACUGUGUCGGUCCUCAACGGAGCCGAUACACAAGCCCGAUUACAUGCCCCAAGGCAACCACCGUUCGGAGCAGUCGCAUCAGCGGCCAGCCAAGCCAUACAGAACUCCAAAGCCAGCACCAGAAAGCCUACGAGGCAGCGCACAGGCUAUCAGUGGGUACACAUCAGUCUUCUGCUUGUGAGUUUAGAGGCCAGGUACUUUAAUGGCCUCGUGGUCGAGGUUCCCAAGACGGUAUUGCCUCUAAAAGACACCGUGAUCAAGUUCAACUCGGUAGAUUUACUUACCUGGCCAUCGUUUACCAAGACGCUGUUCGAGCACCUACGUCCACUUCCAAGUAGUAUUAAUGCCUCCAACAAAAGACUUUGGAAUCUUUCUUUCGCAUCAGCCUUCUCCGGCAAGAAGAUCGUCACCGUUUCUAACACCGACAAGUACAUUACACCUUCCAGUAUGCUUUCUUCGGGGCAUUUUUCAAGCAAUCAAGCUGGGCAGUUAAAGGUUCUCGUUGUCUUGACAUCCACACAGGUGAUUAACAGGCAGGAGCCAAUCACGCCGCUGAGGCCAGAUAAAUACUCGACUCCCCCCAAGGAGAACAGGAAACGGAGGAUCAAAGAGGAGGACAAGACUCCGUCCCUUGUCCACAAGAAGCGGAUCAAGCAGGAGAAGGACAUCGAAAGGGGGAACAAGACCAAAAGAGAGGAAAUUAAACAAGAGAUUCAUGUUAAGACUGAGCAAUACGAUCCAGAUACUAAUACCUCUUCGCCAGGAUUAACGUGCAAUAAGUUAGAUAUGGAAGAACUAGGUGAGAUGGAACAUUCGCUCUCCAAUUUGGUGUCGAACAGUAUCGAUAACGGAAUCAGAGACAAAAAUGACACAGAGCAAGAGGCAGGGCAGGAGGGCGAAAAUAAAGACGAGACCAAAAAUGCCAUGGAGUUUGUGGGCUUAUCGUCAGCUGGCAUCCAUGAGUCCGCUGGUGGAGCUCAAGUAGACUCAACCGGCAGCAUGCCAGUUAAAGAACUUCAGCAUGCUCACUCUACGCGCUUCAGAGGCACCAAAACCCCGGCGACAUUUGCGUCUCAACAUAGAAAACAGAAGGAUUAA